GCUUGCUGUGACAUUCGCUACUUUUUUUCAGUAUUUGCUCUUUGCGCCACAUUCUAAACAUUUGUCAACAGCGCACAAAAAUCAAAAUAGUUUCCGAUAUUUAUAUAACUUUUUAAUGUUAAAAGCCUUUAAAACUUAUAAAAAAUUGAAAUGCCACGAAACCUAAAUGCAGAACGUGACAACCCAUGUUUGCAGGAACAGGAACUGUCAUUCAAAUGCCUCAGCAAAUACAACUACGACAAGGACAAGUGCGAGGUAUAUUUCGCGAACUACAACAAUUGCAAGGAGUUUUGGAAUAAAGUGCGGUCAGAUCGUCGUGCUAAGGGAAUUGCGCCUUAUCUCCCACCUGUGGAAGAACGAGCCGAUAUCAAAGCGGAAUAUUUUAGGUCUAAGCCACCUCAAAAUUAGCGACUCUACUGAGAUAUAAAUA